UUUAGGUCUUAUCCAUCGUCGUACAACUCUGCUGUUGUUAGUGUUCAUCCACCAAAAAAUCGCCGACGACGAGGUGUAAACAAACCGGAGAAAUUCAGCCAUGGAGAUGCAAAACGACUUCGAUCGGCUUAUGUUUUUCGAACAUGCUCGCCGGAGUGCUGAAGUCACCUACGAGAAAAACCCUCUGGAUACCGAGAACUUAACUAGAUGGGGAGGUGCGUUGCUUGAACUAUCCGCGUUCCAGAGUGUUCAGGAAUCAAAGUUGAUGAUCAAAGAUGCGAUAUCGAAGUUGGAUGAAGCAUUGGCGAUUUAUCCGAAGAAACAAGAUGCUUUGUGGUGUAUGGGGAAUGCCCAAACUUCUUAUGCUUUUUUGACUCCGGAUAAAGAUGAAGCAAAGGGUUAUUUUGAUUCAGCGUAUGAUUUCUUUGAGCAAGCUGUUAACGAGGUUUCACAUACGGCAACACUCUUCACAUUUCACAAACUCAAAACCCCCAAAUCAGUUACACACAUGUAACUGCUUCAUCAUCUUCAUCUUCUCCAAUUCACACCACCACAUCAAUGGCCGCCACCUCAUCACCUUGCGAAGACAACAUCUACAUGGCAAAACUCGUCGAACAAGCCGAACGCUACGAAGAAAUGGUUGAAGUCAUGGAAAAAGUGAUCGGAGCACGGAGAGCUUCGUGGAGAAUAAUAUCGUCGAUUGAGCUGAAGGAGGAGAGGGGAUAACAAACGGCUGAAUACCGGUCAGCAGGCUUAUCCACCAACUGGGCAGAUAUCAAGUUCAUCCUAUCUAACACCUUUUCCGAUGGCGAGUUCUGCUUCAAAUCAAACAGCUGGUCUCUUUCAGCUCUAUCCUGAUGGAAUGGCCCCAGCAGUGCAACAUUCACAACUCAACCUGCAAUUGCCUCAGAUCAUGGCUUUGCCAACACUUCCUGGAAAAGGGGCAAAGCAAUGGCAUUAUGGAGAUUGGAUGUGCACUAAUUGUGACAAUCACAAUUAUGCAUCUCGAUAAUGUGGUCAUAGAAGAUGCCACCCACCAACAACUUUCUGCCUUUUACCAGGUAAUUACUUACAUUAAGCAUCUUUUAAUUUCAAAUGUUAUCACUGAACAUGUUGUAUGCCUAAGCUACAUGUGCAGUCAUAAUUGCUUGAAACGAUCGAGUACCCGCGCAUCGCGCGGGGUAAUCACACUAGUUAAUAUUAAAUCUUAUCAUACUUUAA